UGCUCUCACUCUCUCACAAAAACCAAAAAAGCAUGUUUCUUCUUACCCCGACUUCAUGCCCAGAUUGCACCUUUCAUUAUUUCCUCUCUUUGUACUGGCUCAUUUCCUCUCAGUUUGCCGAUCUCACUGAAGCGGCCGCCCGCAACAACGAAGCUCUGAGGCUGGCCAAGCAGGAGGCCAACGACUACCGACGCCAGGUUCAGGCUCUUACCUGUGAGGUGGAUGCCCUCAAGGGAACCAACGAGUCGCUGGAGCGGCAGAUGCGAGAGAUGGAGGACAACUUUUCGGCGGAGACAGCGGGCUAUCAGGAAACGGUGGCGCGGCUGGAAGACGACAUUCACAACAUGAAGGAUGAGAUGGCUCGCCACCUGCGGGAGUACCAGGACCUCCUCAACGUCAAAAUGGCCCUGGACAUCGAGAUCGCCACCUACAGGAA